GGUUACGCAUUAAAAGCGAGCAAGUCCUGCGGGCUUCCUGGGAGACAGUUUGUUUCAUACGUCUUUUUUUUUAACUUGGUUUAUUUCUUGUCCAUACUUUCAGACGUUUUGCAGAGGAGGCGGGGGAAGUCUUACUUUCUGUUCGUUUACUAAGAACAAAGUUCAAGCUAGUUAAGACUGAUCCUGUGAGGAGUGUGAAUUCUUUUCCUCCUUGUGUUUUGUUUGAAAAGAAUGGUUGAAAAAAACUAGAAAAAUGUAUCGGGUGACUUUGGAAAACAGGUUUUAAGACUGAACCUCCAGCGCCGGUGACUGCAGAGGGACUCGAAGCCCGAGCUUGGACAUUAAAGUUGGGCGGAAUGCGACAGGUGCGACCGCGGUGGGCUACGAUCGGCAAGAGUUCGCUUUCUACUCUAAACCGCCUGCAGAUUUUAACUUGUUUAUCAGCGGAAACGCAUAAACGAUAUGAAGAAAGGGGAACCGCACUUAAUGGGUGGUGCUCAUUUUUAUCCUCUUUCUUAGCUAAGAAACUUCCAGACGACAUCGAGCAGCGGUGAAUUUACGGCACUGAGGUGUUCGCAUUAAAUAACGAAUCGGAAAAGCCUAACUGUGUUCCAAUGAUUUGAUUUUAAGUGCUGCAUACUUGGACGGCGAAUUCUUAUCGGGAUGGACCAUCUCUUCUCCGCUGAGGAGAAGGGCGAUCCCUCGUACUCAGACGAAGCCUUCAGUAUCCAGGAAUCCAGUGAUAAAAUCGGACCGCCGAAGACGCAGGAAGGCACGGAUGCAGCACGAAAGGAGGAGCCUACCACAGCCCCCCAGGCCAGCGGCUCGACGCAAGUCCCAUUGAGGUCCAAGAGUUUGGGGGGCGUGAGCACCAGCGCUCCGCGUUCACCCCGACUGAGUGCCUCUCCCGCGCCCCACUCUGUCCGGAGGCAGAAGCUGCAGAGGCAGCAGGAUGUAGGCGAUUGGGGUAGCUCUUCAGAAGGGACAGAGAAAUCCAGUAUCACUCCGGCGAUGAGGAAAAAAUACCUUAAGGAGCUGCUCUUGAGUAAUGGGCUGAGCAAUGGACUCGGAAGCUUGCUGUCCUCCACUACUACUUGCAGUGUCUCCAAGGACUGUGACAGCGACCAGUGGACUUCUGAUGAGAAUGCCAACCGGCCGUUCUUGGCGCUUGAUCCUGUGGAGCAUGCCUGGAUGGUCUCGGUGGUGGAGGCGAACUACGAUACCAUCGUUGAAUUCUUGGAGGAGGACCCCACGCUGCUCACUAAGCGGGACUUUGUCAGUGGCUUUACUGCAAUUCAUUGGCUUGCAAAAUACGGGAAGCACGAAACUCUCAUCAACUUGAUGCGGUUUGCGGAACGCAAAGGGGUCCCAGUGAACAUCAACUUGAAGGCUAGCGGCGGGCUCACACCUCUGCAUGUAGCGGCUAUGCACGGUCGCGACAUGGUUGUUAAGGUGCUGAUUGGCGCCUACGGCGCGGACAUUGAGGCCAGGGACAACAGCGGGCGCCGACCCUGGCAGUAUUUGCGGGCGGGCUGCUCCUACGAACUCAAGGAGCUCAUGGGUGCCUUGGAGGCGGCAUCACCUUUGGGCAUCGCGUAUCACAAUGUGAAUAACAAUGGUUCUGCCAGGGGGGCCUACAGCAAGAGAGUAGCACGGGAUGUCACGGAGACGCCAGAAGAGCCUCCACAGGCCAACAGCCAACAACCAUGGACUGCGCCGUUAAGGAGGAUCCUUAAUUUGGGGUCUUUAUUUUCCUUUCGUAAGAUCUGGAAUCGUGCAGGAUCGGUGCGGUAGGACAACAUCCAGCACAAAUCGGUACCCCAGGACAUACUUGCACUGAUGAGUCAUAUCAAAUGUAAUCGUCUAAACAGCUUUGAAUCGUGAGGGCUGAAAACAUGUACAUUUGUAAGAUAUUUUUAUAUUUGCAUACGGCAUGAGGAAGGAAAUGACGAACGUUUAAAACAUUGCAUGGUGGAUUCAAGCACGGUGGGUCAGGGUAGUAAGAUAGCCCAGCGAGCCGUGCCGCACCCUCUGCAAGCAAAGCGACGGCCAAUCCUGUAGACUGUUUGUGUUCUUCCCGUGUGCGCGUGUGUGUCGCCUCCGCCGCCACCAUUUCAUAAAUCGACACGUCAGGUGCGCGAAUGGACCCAGAGAUCGAUAGACAAAGGCAGGCGUUGUUGGGUCCGCCAGUUACACCAGAACGCUGGUUCUGAUAGAGGAGUGGAGGGUAGCUAAUGCCGGUCUCGCCUAUUAAAAACCUUUAAUCGGUUGUAUCAAUAGAAUAAGGGGCUGCCAUUAUUUCUGCUUGUAACGAGUCUAAAGGAGACGGCGAUGGUACACCAUUACUGUUAGCUUUGCAGUUUCACAUCCACACCAUUAGUGUUGGUUUAUUUUACAACGCUUUACAAACGCUCCAAUGCUUAUGCAUGAAAAUUACACGGUAUGCACAGCCUAUGUUUAACUGAACAGAUAAUGCAUUAAGCAGCCGGCAGCACUGAAAAUAAAAGGAUAAUUGAGGAAAAGGUCAAAAAGAAGUCACCGCAUAGUGAGAACGGACGUCGGAGUGUGAUCGCCGAAUUGUAAAUUAUUGCGGUUUGUUUGCAAGUCUGCUUUGUCAUAGUACUCACCGAAAAAGGCGCUAUAUUAGAAAAAGCCAAAAUGAGGAGGAGAGUACUAUUGGUUAAUCGUAAUAAGAGAAAAAUUAGCAUUUUCACAUUAGGCGUAAUUCUUUAAAAUAUUAUAAAGUAUAUUUGUAAUAUAAUAUACUGUAUAAAGAAUCUUGUAUUCUGACCUGUAAAUAUUUCAGUGGAAGGUAGAGUAGAAAGGUGCAGGAGAGAGGCGGCUUAAAUCAUUCAUUGAGAGUUUCCCAUUUUUAUACACUUUUCCCAUCCAAGGAUAAUUCAUUUCUUUGACUCACAAUAUUGUUUUGCCACACAGUAAAAUGAACAACAAAAGCGUCUUUCUUUUCGAAUGUAAGAAAAGUAAAAGUCGGUGAAUGAUACCACCCAUGUACUGACCGAAGACAUUUUGAGAAACAAAAGCGAAUAUUUAAGUGGCACGACGUUGACGCGUACAAAACGCCCAGCAUUCUGGACAUGUCGUGUCAUUUUCUAACCCGCUUAAGCCAGACCAGGGUCACGAGGGCUGCUCGAGCCAAUCACAGGUAGCAAGGCAGGAACAAACCCUGGCCAGGGCGCCAGUCCUUAGCGCGAACAGACACACACCAAACACUAAGGUCAAUUUAGCGCCGCCAGUUUACCAAAUCUAUAUGUCGGAAAGAAACUCGGAGUACCCGGUGGAGAACCAUCAGACACGGGGAGAACACGCAAACUCCACACAGGGAGGACCUCAGGAUGCAACUCCCGUCUCCUAACUGUAAGGAAGCAACGCUACUAUAUGUUCCAGUCAUUCUAGUAAAAAUGAAACAUAUUUGGAGCACAGUUCUUAAAAUGGAAGACUUUGUGAAAAGGGCACACAUUAAAAUAUUGUGUAGUAAUUAUCCACUUUUAUAAAUAUAUGCAAAUGUUGUUGUUGGAAAUACAUUUUCACAGUAUUUGAAAAAUAAAAUUACAGUUGUCCAAAUUUAA